UCAGUUGCCCGAUUCCUUUCUUGGCGAAAACAAGAAACUUGACAUACAUUUCUAUUGUGAGACAAGAAGACUGUCAAGGAAGGUGAUUUUUGUUAUUGUGAGUCACAACCGUUCUGUUUUCCAGCGCAAUGUCGGUCCGCUACGACUUUUACCAGACAGAUUCCAACGUCGUCGUAAGUGUUAUGCUGAAAAACGCUAAGGAACACAACUACAAUGUGAAUAUCGAGACCGACAAACUUACUGUUACCGCAGAUAACUGCCACCUUGAAAUUCAUUUAUACCACCCCAUAAUCGUCGAGAAGUCCUCUCAUAGAGCAACCCCGACAAAGAUUGAAAUUGCCCUAAGCAAGGUGACAAGUGAACGUUGGCCGACACUAGAGAGGAAGGCCCCCGAAGAAACAAAGAAAGCGGUGCCUGUUCCCACUUUCGGUACGCACAACUGGGACAAAAUCGCAAAAGAAAUUGCUUCGGCUGAGACGGAGGAGGCCAAGGAAGAAGAGGCCUUGCAAAAUCUCUUCCAGAAGAUUUACAGCGAGAGUUCGGAUGAAGUGCGCCGCGCCAUGAACAAGUCAUUCUCGGAAUCUGGGGGCACGGUAUUGAGCACGAAUUGGCAGGAAGUGGCCAAAGGAAAAGUGGAUGCGAAACCGCCCGAUGGCACUGAGUAUCGAAACUGGGAAUGUUGAAUUUGCACUCGAAAAAGCAACACAUUUUGAAUUAAUUAUUUGUUUUAUGUUUUAAUAAACGCAUAUGCUUGUAAAUGA